AUGGUCAUCUUUAUUGUUCACCAAAGCAGUGCAGCCAGAAUUCCAGCCAGUAUCGACACAGCUGCUGCUGCUGCUGACGACGGUGACGAUGAUGAUGGUAGCAGUGCUGCUGCAGCUAGUAGUGUGGAUGCAACUGGUGCUGCUGCUGCUGCUUCUGCAGUCAGUCGCCCUCGCGCAACCGUUCGUGUUCAACCCAAACCUAGACCCAGACCAAGACCCAGCAGUGUUCAAUGUGCCAAUGGUCAAAUCACAAUCACCAACGGAAAGAUCGAAUGUAAAAAAUAA